AAUAAAACACACACACACGUUUUUAACCCAAAGGUCAGGCCCAAUGUUCCAAUAUAAAAGGAGACUUCAUUGUUCGGCCUUGAAUAUAUUACAGUUUGCAGCGUGCUACCCGAUUUCUGUUUCAGAUCUCAGAUUUAGACCCACAUGUACAGGGUUUUUUUUUUUUUUAAAGGUGAAAAUAUAAAAGGGAUUUUUCCUCAUCCUAUGAGAUAUCAAUCUGUAUUUCACCUUACAGUUCCUGACACGAAUGAAAAACGUCUGCGAAAUGUCUUCAUCCUAUCGUGAAGAUAUGUAAAUUUGACUUUCCGACAAGCCUAACAAAUGGACUUUACAAAAUGCUAAACCUUAGAGUUAGUGUUUAAGUUUGAGGUUAUUGUCUUUAUUAACACAGUAUCUUGGUCUCACAAAAGUAUAAUCGCGAAUUUGUUUCUAUACUUGAAGAAAACGAACACUUAGUUUCUUAUCAUAAAAACUCUCCUAAAUUAUUAGGAGAGGACUGAGAAUCACGCAUGCGUUUGUCACGCGUUUGUCUCUGGUGUUAAUUUCUAUUGACCAAGUAGAACAUUCGGACUUAGUGAACCAAUAACACGUAUCGCUGUUACAAUUUUGAGCCUUACUGUAAGAAAAGACAAUCUUAGAGUGUGAUUUAACUGACGUGCUUCCGCUGCUAAUGACAAGUUGGAAUAUCAGGAUGAAUGGAACCAACGCAUCGAGUACUGCACAAGAAACUGAAAUUGAUACAUUAUACUUCACGGUCAAAGCCAUCAUCUGUGUCAUCACUGUGCUAGGAAACGCACUGGUAAUAUUCCUUAUUAUCAAGUCUAGACGGUUACGAGUUCUACCAAACACGUUUAUCGUAACACUUGCUAUAGCUGAUAUGCUUGUUGGCGCGAUCAUAACUCCAACAGAACUUGCUUGCAAAUACUGGAAUGGACAUUGUGACAUUUUGCUGCAAAGAUUAACAUAUGAUAUCUUGUAUCAUUUAUCUGCAACGAACCUUUGUGCUUUGACUUUAGAUCGUUUUAUCGCUACUGUACGACCUCUUAAAUAUCCAUUUAUCAUGACUUUGGAAAAAGUGGUCAUGAUUGAAUUAAUAGCUUGGAUUUCGGCCGGUGUGACGUCGUUCACGUCGUAUACACUCAUAAUCCAUGGAUUAUCUUACGAAGGUAUCCAAAUUUUGGAUUUAGUAAUCUUCCAAAUUCUUCCAUCGAUUUUAUUAGUGAUUAUUUAUAUCCGAAUGACUUACGUUGUUACAAAAUUAAACAAAAACCAAAUUCAACAGAUUAACCAGAUAAGCUUCAAUUAUGGUAGAACGGUGUCUAGAGGAGCUAAAACAAGCUUGACAGUAAAAAUGACUGGUGUGAUCAUUAUCGUCUUUAUUUCUUGCUAUAUUCUCGCUGUAGGCCGCCGACUUUAUUUCUUAUUUACGAGGAAAAAUAUUCCUUAUCCAGUGGUGAGAAAAAUGUCAAGGACCUUGCUGAAUGUCAACUCUGCAGUGAAUGUUUUCGUUUAUGGUUUGAUGAAGGGAGAUUUCAAGAAAGAACUCAAAAGGAACCUGAAAUGUCUGUAUUUUUAUUCAAAUAAUAAUUCGAAUAGCUUCUGCGAGGAACACAUGGAAAUGAGACGAUUAUGAUAUAGAAAAAUCAAAUGAGAAAGUAAAAUAAAUAAAAAUGGACAAA